GCUAGAUUGCGUAUUGUCUUCUGUCCACACUGAGAGCGCAGAGUGAACACACACUAGCACCAUAGGCCGAAGUAUCACAGCAAUGGUGUGACUAUUGCAUUAGCUCUACCGGUGGGAAACGCUUUCAUCAUACAAGUACAUACUAAUACACACACCCAAUUACACCAUGCACCCAAACCACCGCCACACUGUCAAUUGAUUCAUUCCAGCAAGCUACCUCUAACUGUCCUCCACCGGUGCACCCACAAUGGAUCAAAGAUUGCGUAGGUGACUUUCUAAGGUGUAGAAUAUCACCCUAAACCCCUAAACCCCCUACACUUGGGCUGAUUGGUGUGGGCGUGUUAUUGUACACAACUGACAACAUGCAGCAGCCUACAGACAACCCGUCACCAGACACCGCAGAUGCAACCGAAUCCCUCGGGAGAAGUCAAGUGAAUGGAGAUGUGGCUGAGAGUGUGACUAACACACACGAAAAAGAGAGUUCAGUUGAGCAGAUGGUCCCAUUAGAUGACGAUGAAGAGGUGGAAGAGCCUAUAGCGACUGUCUCUGAACCGAGUAGUAGUACGCACACUGUGCCUGUAAAGAGUAUCCAACCAGAGACGGAUAUACAACCCAGCACCUCACCUCAAACGGUAACAACUGUAACGGAGAAAGACGAUACGCAAAUAGAAUUUGUACAUCGUCACCAGCUGCAAGCAGACGAUAUGUCGCCAGUUGAAGAGAGAAUGACAGGGCCAGAGCAGCCACAGCACUCGGAAGAGCCGGUCAGCGAUAAGGAUGACUGGGGAUUUGAUGGAACAACAGGAACUGUGGAUGACAACGAUCAAUCGG